AUGGACGGGCAUGCUUUGUCAGUUUUGGAGAAAGCAAACUCGUCUGGGUACUGGCCGCCUUUCAAACGCAAUCAGAGUAGCGGAGAAGAACAUGGCAAAUACGAAAUUAACACGGCCUUGCUCUUGUACCACUUGAUUGCCGAGUCUCAAAAACUUGGUGGUACUCUUCUGGAUCAGUUCUGGCUUCAGCUCGGAAAAUCCCCGUCCAAAAUCUCGCUCAUCAUCGACGUAGUUGACUACCUACGGACGGACCCUCAGAGCGUCCCGUUCAGUGGUUCAUCCAAGGUCCUUUUUUCAGGCGUAGAUAUAGACAAAGCCGACUUUGAACCAGUGUUGGAGAUGGCUUCGGAAUACAUCAUCCGCCUAGGAAUCGUGUUUAUGAAUCCUGGUGGGCGCGAAUCCGGAUCCAGCUCGCCGCAGUCUGGCAUUGAUUUUGUAGACGAGAAGACGGAUGAACUCUUGCGCCAGGUCUGCCAGGAGGGCAAGUUUGGUAAACGAAAGCAAGCAGCUCUCAAAGCCCUGGCAUGGUUUUGCGUCAUACAGUCUUGCCGAAGUUCUGAUGAUGUUCUCGUCCAGGUUUUCAGACGCGAUGGUGAUCCUGACAUCAUGGAUUAUAUCGCGUUGUUCGCUGGGCCCAAAGCCAGGGAUCUUGUCCAGGAAUCUUUAAAUGGAGUAGGAAAUGCGCUCAACUUAGAGCUCAAUGCGCACAUGACGUAUUGCGAACUGCACUGGGGCAUUGAAGCCCAGGACCAUAAUGGAGAGGUCAAAUACAUCUACCGGAGAAUUCCCUUUACACUUGACAGUGGCCCGGCUAUGAACAAGUUGCUGGACGGUGACCAGAUUUUCUUUGGAAAAGGCAAAAAUGGACAAAAAUUCGGAGGAGGUCCUCUGCCGCUUCUUUGCAACAUACGGCUGGCAGUGGCUCGCGUCCUGAAAUUAAGUGGCGCAGCGAGCGUCAUUGUGCAGAUAAAGGAAGCUGCUGAUGAUAUUGACACCCCUCGGUACCUUCUCCCUCCCAGUGACUUUCUUGAAAUCUUGGAUGCGAAGCUGCGGCUCGUGUGGCACAAUCUCUGGCUUCUCGGGACACUCGAUUUUCCGAGAGGAUGGUGGUGCAAGCAUGGUUGCAAACGGCGCAAUGCAGGCCUCAAGUCGCCUAACACACCAACGUAUCUCGAGGUCUUAAGAAACGGUGGCGCAAAGGUCAAUGCUGAACUUACUUUGGUACAAACAAAGUUCCUCAAGUAUCCUAUUGUUGACAACGAUGGAGAAUCGCUUGUUCGCAAUGCGAGGGUCGCCUCGACACGCUGA